AUGUCCGCCAUCCUCUCCGCAGAUGAUCUCAACGACUUCAUCUCACCAGGAGUAGCAUGUAUCAAGCCCGUCGAAACCCUCCCGGCCGCAAAAGCCCCUUCAAAGUCAGAUGAUCCCUACGAAGUAUCCUUCAACACUGAGCCCUUACCCGCCUCCGACCUCCCUCCCGCCCAAAUAUCUCUCACCGAUUGCCUCGCCUGCUCUGGCUGUGUGACAUCAGCAGAAGCAGUGCUCGUCUCUAUGCAAUCACAUGCCGAAGUUGUGCAGGAACUGGAUUCAGGCCCGUCGCUGCGUUUGCGUGGCAAUAUCGCUGGGUCGGGGAUAGAAGUCGAGAAUCUAGAGAGUGGAGGACGAAUAUAUGUAGCGAGUGUAAGCCCGCAGUCGAGGGCUAGUAUCGCAGCUACGUAUAAAGUUACAGAGCAAGAGGCGGGGAACAUGAUUGAGCAGUUGCUGAGUGGGCCAAAGGGAAUUAAAAACCGGGCUGUGUAUAGGAACGGGUUUCAAUGGGUAGUAGAUACGAAUGUUGCGCGCGAGGCAUGUUUAGUGCUCGGCGCAGACGAAGUUAUGAAUUCUAUGCUUGAAGGGAAAGGGACUGAGAAUGGGGUUGCCACGAAGCAGCCUACGAAACCCAUACUCACCUCAUCGUGUCCAGGGUGGAUAUGCUAUGCAGAGAAGACGCAUCCGCAUGUACUGCCACAUCUGUCACGGUUGAAAUCACCACAGGCACUUAUGGGCACUUUGUUAAAAACAACACUGAGUAGAAAGCUUGGCAUUUCGCCAGACAGGAUCUGGCAUGUGGCGAUCAUGCCAUGUUUUGAUAAAAAGCUGGAAGCUAGUCGGGAAGAACUAACAGACGCUGUUUGGGAGGGUACUGGGACUCGGGGAGUCAGAGAUGUGGAUUGUGUUAUUACAAGCAAAGAACUUCUAAUGCUCGCCGAUUCGAGACGAGUCGAUUUUGCUAAGCUUCCUCGAACACCCGUCUCACGGAUACCGUUCCCAGAACCAAAACUAGAUCCGUUCUUGUUCCCAGCUCGACGUCGGAAGAACAACACUCCAGCAGCUGGCUCUUCUGGAGGCAACCUUUACUAUAUCCUCCAAUAUUUCGCAUCUCAGUGCGAAGGCGCUUCUGUCCAAACAGCACGCGGAAGAAACGCCGAUGUAUUAGAAUACACAGUUACCUCGGCAACAGGAGAGACUCUCAUGAAAGCGGCACGAUACUAUGGAUUCCGAAAUAUUCAGAAUCUAGUCCGGCGGCUGAAGCCAGCUAAACCAUCCCGUAUGCCUGGAGGAAAACCAUUUGGGAGUGCUAGAAAGCCUGGAGGCAAGCCAGGUGGACCAGACUAUUCAUAUGUGGAAGUCAUGGCAUGUCCAGGAGGGUGCACGAAUGGCGGAGGGCAGAUAAAGGUCGACGACCCAGUAAUAAGCGGCCGUGAAGCUUCGAAUAUGAAACCAGGACCUCAGGAGCAGAAAGUGUGGCUUGCUCAGGUGGAUGAGGCGUACUUCUCCGGAGAGGACAGUACUGAAGAGGACACCAUCAUGGAAGACCAUAACGAUAUGGUAGAGGGAAUAUCCCCGUCGUAUAUUAAAAAUACCCUAUCGCACUGGGCAACCACCACGGGUAUAGAUUUGGAGCGGUUGGCGUACACGACUUAUCGCGAGGUAGUCAGCGACGUAGGGAAGAGCGCUGGAGAUACCGAGCGUGUAAUAGAGAUCGCCGGAAAGAUCGGAGGAGGUUGGUAA